AUGUCUUUAAUUGCAUUAGCAGUCUUCGGACUCUUGAGGUUAUCCAUGGGUGUUCCAUUCGAAGAUUCUCACAAGUCUCACAACCCUCAAGACCUCUAUCGAAAUACAAGAAUAGUUGGUGACAUGAAAGCUCCUGAAUCCAUGGGUCUACAAGUGGCAACAUUGUACAACCCUCAAGAUCUUUAUCAAGGACCACGCAUAAUUGGAAGUAUGGAAAAUUCUUAUAAUUCUCACGACGCUCAAGGACAGAUGGAUAUUCCUGAAUCUUACAACCCUCAAGAAUUUUACCAAGGUUCCCGAAUAGUUGGCGGUGAGGAUGCUACUGAAGAUGACGUACAACACAUGGUCGGCCUAGUAGUAGGUGCAUAUUUGAAGGUCUUCACGUGCGGAGGUUCCCUGAUAUCACAUAAAACAGUCCUCACCGCCGCGCAUUGUAUAGAUGAAGUAGUAUGGUUUGGGCAGCUCAAAAACACACUCCAGGGUCAGAUAGGGAGUGUUUAUAUAAGCAAAGGCUAUACGGCGAUAAAGUUUUCCGGAUUCGAGAAUCAUCCUGAUUGGGAUCCCGUUGGAAUAAAGAAUGACAUUGGAGUGUUAAAGAUGGCUGAGCCUCUUAAUGAUUCACGUGCUAGGAUGAUUAAAUUAGACUUCAAAUGGAUUGGCGAUGGGGAGACAGUUACUGUUGCUGGUUGGGGAUUGUUAGAAUAUCCGGGGACGAUCCCGGACCGUUUGCAACGACUUCAUGUACACACAAUGAGUCCUGAAGAGUGUGAAGAGGGUGUUAAUGAAGCUAAUCUACAGAAUAGACCUUCGCCUCCUGUAAAUUCUUCUGUAGAGCUCUGUACUAUGCACAAGGAAGGCGCUGGGCAAGGCAUGUGUCACGGUGAUUCUGGGAGUGCAGUAAUGAUUCCUGAACUUGGUGGUAAUGAUAAGGAAUUGUCAAUUGUGGGGAUAGUUUCAUGGGGAUUCCCAUGUGCGCUUGGCCAUCCUGAUAUGCAUACGCGUCUUAGUCCGUACGAGACUUGGCUUAGAUCCCUGUUGGUGAUGGAUGGCGUGGACAUUGAGGAAUAAGUGUUA